CGCGGGGCGGACAGACGGACAGGCACGGGCGGCGCACGAUGGCCUCGUCUGCAGAGCCCUGUGUGGGACAGGGGGUCUGGAACUGGACAGAGCCGGAGCCCAUUGGCACCCACCUACUGAACGUGUGCUUCCUGAAAACGGCAGGGAUCUGGGUACCCCCGAUGUACCUCUGGGUCCUUGGCCCCAUCUACCUCCUCUACAUCCAUCGCCAUAGCAACGGCUACCUCCGGAUGUCCCUGCUCUUCAAGGCCAAACUGGCACUCGGGCUCGCCCUCAUCAUCCUGUGCACCGCCAGCGUGUCUGUGGCUCUCUGGAGAACCCGGCGCGGAACGCCCCAGGCCCCGGAAUUCCUCAUUCAUCCCACCGUGUGGCUGGCCACCACGAGCUUUGCCAUGUUCCUGGUCCACACGGAGAGGAAGAAGGGGGUCCGGGCAUCGGGGCUGCUGUUUGGAUACUGGCUGCUCUGCUUUCUCCUGCCGGCGACCAGUGCUGCCCAGCUGGCCUCACAAGGGGGCUUCCAGAGUGACCCCUUCCACCACCUGUCGACCUACCUGUGCUUGUCCCUGGUGCUGGUACAGGUGGUGCUGUCCUGCCUCGUCGAUCAACCCCCCUUCUUCCCUAAAGACCCUCCGCAGUCGAAUCCAUGUCCGGAGGCUGGAGCUUCCUUCCCCUCCAAGGCCAUGUUCUGGUGGAUUUCUGGGCUGGUCUGGAGGGGCUACAGGAGGCCUUUGGAGCCAAAAGACCUCUGGUCACUCGGGCGAGAAAACUCCUCAGAAGCACUUGUUUCCCAGCUCGAGAGGGAAUGGACGAGGAACCGCAGUGCGGCCCAGCGGCACGCCAAGGCGAGAGCAGCUAAAAAGAAAGACAGGUGUGGCGGGGAGGCCCCGGAGGUGGAGGUCCUCCUGCAGCCAGAAGGGAGCCAGAGGGGCCUGCUGCUGAGGGCCAUGUGGCAGAUGUUCCGUUCCUCCUUCCUCCUGGGGACCCUCUGCAUCAUCAUCUCUGAUGUCUUCAGGUUUGCUGUCCCCAAACUCCUCAGCCUCUUCCUAGAGUUUAUUGGGAAUCCCACGACCCCGGCCUGGAAGGGGUAUCUCCUCGCGGUGCUGAUGUUCCUCUCUGCCUUCCUGCAAACAGUAUGGGAGCAGCAGUACAUGUACAGACUCAAGGUGCUGCAGAUGAGGCUGCGAACGGCCAUCACUGGCCUGGUGUACAGGAAGGUCCUGGUCCUGUCCAGCGCCUCCAGAAAAGCCAGCGCAGUGGGCGACGUGGUCAACCUGGUGUCCGUGGAUGUGCAGCGGCUGACCGAGAGCAUCAUCUACCUCAACGGGCUGUGGCUGCCAGCCAUCUGGAUCGCCGUCUGCUUUGUCUACCUCUGGCAGCUUCUAGGACCCUCUGCCCUCACUGCCAUCGCUGUCUUCUUGAGCCUCCUCCCUCUGAAUUUCUUCAUCACCAAGAAGAGGAAACAGCAUCAGGAAGAGCACAUGAGGCAGAAAGACUCUAGGGCACGGCUCACCAGCUGCAUCAUCAGGAAUGUGAAGAUGGUCAAGUCCCACGGCUGGGAGGAAGCCUUUCUAGAAAGAGUGCUGCACAUCCGGGGCCGGGAGCUGGGCGCCCUGAGGACCUCCAGCCUCCUCUUCUCUGUGUCUCUCGUGUCCUUCCGAGUGUCCACGUUUCUGGUCGCGCUGGUGGUGUUUGCCAUCCAUACGCUGGUAGCCGAGGAGAAUGCCAUGGAUGCCGAGAAAGCGUUUGUGACUCUCGUGGUUCUCAAUAUCCUCAACAAGGCUCAGGGCUUCCUGCCCUUCUCCAUCGACUCUGUGGUCCGGGCCCGUGUGUCCCUGGACCGUCUGGCCGCCUUCCUCUGCUUGGAAGAAGUUGACCCUGGGGCUGUGGACUCGAGUCCCUCCAGAUGCUCUGCUGGGGACACCUGCAUCAGCGUGCACGACGGCACCUUCGCCUGGUCCCGAGGAGGCAGCCCCUGCCUGCACAGGAUAAACCUCACUGUGCCCCAGGGGCGACUGCUGGCCGUGGUGGGUGCGGUGGGGGCAGGGAAGUCCUCUCUGCUCUCCGCCCUCCUCGGGGAGCUGUCAAAGGUGGAGGGAUCCGUGACCAUCAAGGGCUCCGUGGCUUACGUGCCCCAGGAGGCCUGGGUCCAGAACACGUCCGUGGCAGAGAACGUGUGCUUCAGGCAGGAGCUGGACCCCGUGUGGCUGGAGAUGGUCCUGCAGGCCUGUGCCCUGUGGCCGGACGUGUGCAGCUUCCCCGCAGGGGUCCACACCAAAACCGGGGAGCAGGGCAUGAAUCUCUCCGGGGGCCAGAAACAGCGGCUAAGCCUGGCCCGCGCAGUGUACAGGAAGGCCGCUGUGUAUCUGCUGGAUGACCCCCUGGCGGCCCUGGACGCCCACGUCGGCCAGCAGGUCUUCAACCAGGUCAUCGGGCCCGGCGGGCUGCUCCGGGAAACAACACGGAUUCUCGUGACCCACGCGCUGCACAUCCUGCCCCAGGCUGACUGGAUCGUGGUGCUGGAAGACGGAGCCAUUGCAGAGAUGGGUUCCUUCCAGGAGCUUCUACACAGAAAGGGGGCCCUGGUGGGCCUUCUGGAUGCAGCCAGAAGGCCAGGAGAUAGAGGAGAUGGAGAAACAGAACUCACGACUGAUACCAAGGACCCCAGAGGCCCCUCCAGAAGCGGGAGGCCCGCGGGUGGACCUGAGAGGCCCAUGAUGUUGGUCUCUGAGAAGGACAGCGUCCCUUCAAAGGCCCAGCCAGGAGCUCCCCUGGAUGACCCUGCAUGGGCAGGAUGGUCAACAGGAGAGGAUGGCGUCCAGCACGGCAGGGUGAAGGCCAGCAUGCACCUGACCUACCUACGGGCCAUAGGUGCCCCACUGUGCCUCUACGCAUUCUUCCUCUUCCUCUGCCAGCAAGUGGCCUCCUUCUGCCGCAACUACUGGCUGAGCCUGUGGGCAGACGACCCCACUGUGGACGGGCGACAGACGCAGGCGGCUCUGCGGGGCUGGGUCUUCGGGCUCCUGGGCUGCCUCCAAGCCAUUGGGCUGUUUGCCUCCAUGGCCAUGGUGCUGCUAGCAGGAAUCCGGGCAUCCAGCCUGCUUUUCCGGAGGCUCCUGUGGGAUGUGGCACGGUGUCCCGUUGGCUUCUUUGAGCGGACACCCAUUGGGAACUUGCUGAAUCGCUUCUCCAAGGAGACGGACACAGUAGAUGUGGACAUCCCAGACAAACUCCGGUCCUUGCUGAUUUAUGCCUUUGAACUCCUGGAGGUCAUUCUGGUGGUGACGGUGGCCACCCCGCUGGCCGUUGUCGCCAUCGUGCCGCUGCUGGUCCUCUAUGCUGGGUUUCAGAGCCUGUACGUGGCCAGCUUAUGCCAGCUCAGACGCCUCGAGUCCGCCAGGCACUCGUCCGUGUGCUCCCAGAUGGCCGAGACGUUCCAGGGCAUCACGGUGGUCAGAGCCUUCCGGGCCCAAUGCCCCUUUGUGGCUCAGAAUGACAUGCACGUGGAUGAAACCCAGAGAGUCAGUUUCCCAAGCCUGGUGGCUGACAGGUGGCUGGCUACGAACCUGGAGCUCCUGGGGAACGUGCUGGUGUUGGCGGCCGCCACGUGUGCUGUGCUGAGCAAGGCCCACCUGAGCGCCGGCCUUGUGGGCUUCUCUGUUUCCGCCGCCCUCCAGGUGACCCAGACACUGCAGUGGGCCGUUCGCAGCUGGACAGACCUGGAGAGCAGCAUCGUGUCGGUAGAGCGGAUGAAGGACUAUGUCAAGACGCCCAAGGAGGCCCCCUGGCGGCUACCCACCUGUGCAGAUCUGUCCCCCUGGCCUCAAGGGGGGCAGAUCGAGUUCCGGAACUUUGGGCUGAGAUACGGACCUGAGCUCCCACUGGCCGUUCGGGGUGUGUCCUUCAAGAUCCAUGCCGGAGAGAAGGUGGGCAUCAUAGGCAGGACGGGGGCCGGGAAGUCCUCCCUGGCCGGUGGCCUCCUGCGGCUCCUGGAGGCGGCCGAGGGUGGGAUUUGGAUCGACGGGGUCCCCGUCACCCACGUGGGGCUGCACACGCUGCGGUCCCGGAUCACGGUCAUCCCCCAGGACCCCACCCUGUUCCCCGGCUCCCUUCGGAUGAACCUCGACAUGCUGCAGGAGCACACGGACCAAGCCAUCUGGGAAGCCUUGGAGACGGUGCAGCUCAGAGCCUUGGUGGCCGGCCUGCCGGGCCAGCUGCAGCAGGAGUGCACAGGCCCCGGGUACAGCCUGAGCGUGGGCCAGAAGCAGCUCCUGUGUUUGGCGCGUGCCCUUCUCCGGAAAACCCAGAUCCUCAUCCUGGAUGAGGCCACCGCCGCCGUGGACCCGGGGACGGAGCUCCAGAUGCAGGCCGCCCUCAGGAGCUGGUUUGCCCAGUGCACCGUGCUGGUCAUUGCCCACCGCCUGCAGUCUGUGAUGGACUGCUCCAGGGUGCUGGUCAUGGACAAGGGCCAGGUGGCAGAGAGUGGCAGCCCGGCCCAGCUGCUGGCCCAGAAGGGCCUGUUUUACAGGCUGGCACAGGAGUCAGGCCUAGUCUGAGCCCUCCACCCUCGCCUCACCAACCGCAAGAGCCUGCUGUGCCCUGGAGGUGCAAGUGACAUCAGUGGCCCCUCCGUGUUGGAUCCAGACCCCUCCAAUCUCUGGGAGGAAAACGGCAGAGAAAGUGGCCGCUCAUCAUAGACCCAGGAGGACACGGCAACACCCAGGUUGGCCUGAUGAGGGCCCAUCCAGCCCUGUCCACCCUGGAGCUCAAGUCAAAGGCGGCUCCCCGUGCUGGCUGCCCACUGGCCUCACCUGAGGACCUCAAAACCUGCACGUGCCCGGGCUCGGCCACAGACCAGACAUCAGCAUCCCUGGGGCUGGAGGGCUGGGACAGUGUGUGUGUGCCUUUUACAAGCCACCCCCCUAAUUUCGAGAUAGUUGUAGAGUGACGAGCAAUUACAAGAAUCCAGAAAGUU